AUGGCUUCUAAACCACAUAGCAUUAUUAACAUUGCCAACUCAAUGUUCUCUGCCAGGACGUUGGGAGCACAAGCAGCACAGAACAACACGGACGACCGACUAGAUGCUGCCCAUGCGUUGCUCGGUGUAUCACCCGCUUCUUCAAAUCUUUCUCCCUCGCUUCAAUAUUUUGGUAGUAUAGAGGAGAAACAAUCGAACUCCGAACCCGCUCAAUCUCAUGAUUCAUCCAUUGGACCUCAACGAUUGAGAUCCAAUUCUACUGGCUUAGAAGCUCUUGCACUAUUGGCGACUGAAGAACAAGAUAAAAUGGAACCAGUUGAAAUUGCUUCUAAAUCGGUUCCGAAUCGUCCCCUUGCUGCGACAAUCUUGUCUUCGUCUUCAGACGAAGAUUCGGAAGCAAUGCCACCUCCACGCCCUCGCCCGAGGGCUCUAAGAACUCGAAGAAGAAGUGUGUCAAAUCCUGAAGGCAUGGAAAAGUGGUCUCCAGAAGAAGACAGUCGAUUGCAUUUUGUCCUCCCUGCCUCAAUUCUCGAAGAGGAAUUGGCUGAGGCAAGCGCUGCUAUGAAAGCGAAAGAAGAAGAAAUGGCAGGACAAAACGAGGAAUCAAAUGCUGACGAGGAGGAAGACGACGACGAGGAAGAAGUUUUGAAUGAGGAUGAACUCUUGCGUCGAGCGCGUUCAAGAUUACUUGAAGAUUUGAGCCAAGGAAACUUGAAUGGUGAAAAGGGGGUUUUGACUCUUCCCCAUUCUCUGGAGAAAUAUAAGCAGGUAUAUAACAAAAAUGGGCGUAUUGGGAUCUAUACUCCGGCGGAAAGGUCAGCCAUCAUCAAGCGAUUUCAAAGCAAAAGAACUCGUCGGGUUUGGAACAAGAAGAUACGGUACAAUUGUCGCAAAAGCCUCGCUGAUAGGAGAAUGCGGGUGAAGGGGCGUUUCGUGAAACGAUCUACAGAACAGCAAGCAAGAUCCCGAUCGAAUACAAUUGGAGUUACGCCAAUUCUAGAGGCGGACGAAUCUAAAUUUGUGUCGCCAGAAUCAUCCAUUGGGGAGACUGCAAAAGACGCUGAAAUGCCUGAUAUUGCUGACACCGAUGCUAGAUUCUGCCCAACUAAGUAUCAGCCAUAUCGUCGAACAAGGCGACAUACGAUUACGUAA